UACAAGAAAAGUAGUCUGUACUGUUUGAUAUGUAAUUUUGGCAUCAUUUCUCCAUGACUCUGUUUAGUUGUGGAUUGAAUUUUUUUAAUACUUAAUUAUUCACUUUGGAUAAGCAGACCUCUAGAAGUGCAAGUGAAGUGCUGGGGAGUAUUAUGACAGGUUUUCUUCAAUCAAGUCACAAUAAUUGGAAACCUCCAAGUAGAGGAAGAAGAGUCAUUUUGUUUCAGGGCUCUAUAAAGUCUGUUAAAACUUCAUGCCGGAUCUCAUUUCCUGGGACAUCAUCAGGGAGAGGAGAAAGAGCACCUUCAAACUUUUUGAGGGACAAGAAGUUGGUUCCUGAUUCAGAUCCUCCUAGCACUAGUGAUGUCAACCUUUUAUAUCAAUUCUUUGAUCAAAGUAACAAGCUUAUGGUAUUAAUGGGGGCUGGAAUCAGUACAGAAUGUGGAAUUCCUGAUUAUAGAAGCCCCAAUGGUGCUUAUAGUUCUGGUUUCAAACCAAUUACCCAUCAGGAGUUUCUCCAAUCAAGUCGGGCCCACAGGCGGUAUUGGGCAAGGAGUUAUGCUGGAGGGAGACGGUUUACUGCAGCACAGCCUGGUGCGACUCAUAUUGCUUUAGCAUCUCUAGAGAAAGCUGGCCGGAUAAAUUUUAUGAUUACACAAAACGUUGACAGGCUGCACCAUCGUGCUGGUAGCAACCCACUUGAACUACAUGGGACUGUGUAUACUGUAGUUUGUCUAGAUUGUGGAUUUUCUUUUUGUCGGAAUUCAUUUCAAGAUCAAGUGAAGGAGCUCAAUCCAAAGUGGGCAGCAGCAAUUGAAAGUUUUGAUUAUGGAAACCCUGGUUCGGACAAGAGUUUUGGCAUGAAGCAAAGACCUGAUGGUGAUAUUGAAAUUGACGAAAAGUUUUGGGAAGAGGAUUUUCAUAUCCAUACUCGCCAAAAAUGCAAUGGUGUUCUCAAACCUGAUGUUAUUCUCUUUGGUGAUAAUGUUCCCAAGGAUAGAGCUGAUAAGGCAAUGGAAGCUGCAAAAGGAUGUGACGCAUUUCUUGUGUUAGGAUCAUCUCUGAUGACCAUGUCUGCUUUCCGGCUUCUCAGAGCUGCUCAUGAGGCAGGUGCAGCUACUGCGAUUGUGAACGUGGGUGUAACCCGGGCUGAUGAUAUUGUGCCCUUGAAGAUCAAUGCCCGAUUAGGAUAGAUCUUGCCAAGAGUGCUUGACAAGCAAUCAACAAACAAAAAACCACAAUUUUCUUCAGUAAGAACACUACCCCAAGUGUUAAGGAGGAAAUUCAGAAUUUGUUUGGUGCACAAGUCACGACAAAUUGUGAAAAAUACCUUGGCCACCUCCCUAUGGUUGGGGGAAAAUCUAAGGUGGAUACAUUUAAGGAUCUGCAGGAGCGGAUAACAAAAAGGGUGAUGGGGUGGAAGGAAAAAACAAUUUCUAAGGCAGGAAGGGAGGUGUUGAUAAAGACGGUGGCCCAAGCAAUACCCACUUAUUCUAUGAGUAUUUUUAAGCUCCCUAAGAAGGUGUGUGAUGAUAUUAAUUCGGUGUUGGCUUAAGUAUUGGUAGGGCCAAACUCGUAAUGAGAAAAAGAUACAUUGUAUAAACUGGAGUAAAUUGUGUAAUCCAAAGAAUAAGGGAGGUAUGGGUUUCCGAAAUAUCCACGCCUUCAAUCUAGCUAUGUUAGCCAAGCAGGCAUGGUGUUUGGUCACAGGUGCACAAUCUCUAUUUUAUGGAGUAUAUAAAGCUAGAUAUUUUCCCCGGUAUUUAUAAACUGGAGUAUAUAAAGCUAGAUGCAAGAUGGUUGAAACACACAGAAACAAAACAGGGACCAGAAGCUCAAUAAUGAGUUGCACCAGAUUAACAAGAUACUUACCAGAAAGAGAUGAAUUUUGGUGAGGGUGCCAACCACUAUGAAGAUGACCUGCAACCUGGAAGGAAAGAAGCUUCGAAUCUGAAAUUUGAUAGUUGUUCUAGUGUUUAAGAGAAGUUUUCGUUUGUAAUUUGAAAUUGGUGAUACUCUAAAUUUAAUUUAAUUUAAUUUU